CGGGAGCGGCCGGGGGACCCCGGAGGCGCGCUGCAAUCUCCCGAAACGAGCUCCUGGGCACCGGCUGCACCGCGCCUGGCCUUCGGCCUGCGCCCGCCUCGGGACCAAGGCCGGGGCCGGGUUGGCUGCCGGGGCCGCCGCGGGGGCAGGCGGGAGGGGCGACAGCAAACCCGCAUUCAGUGCCGAGCGCUCUGCGGAGACCGGCUGCAGCGGAGGGAACCGGGCCCGCUGCUCGGGGCCUGCCACCGCCCAGCUGCGCGAGUCCCCGGCGCGGAGGUGAGGGCUCGCUGCCGCGGGCCCGACGCUCCCUCGCGGAGCACCCGCCAGCGCCGGAGGGGUCCCGGGCCGGGCCCGGCGGGACUUCGCUCCUCUUGCCGCACCGGCGGCACCGCAGCAGUUUCCGGCCGGGCGCGGCUGCCGGCUGAGGAGAAGGGGAUGAAAGCUGCUGUCAAGCACUCUGGUCGAGGAGCGCUGCUGGCAGGUGCAACAGCUUUUAUUGGGGGUCUGAUGGGAGGUCCACCUGGAAUCGCUGUAGGAGGUGCAUUUGGUGGCUUACUUGGUGCCUGGAUGACGAGUGGACAGUUCAGGCCAGUCCCUCAGAUUUUACUGGAAUUGCCUCCUGCUGAGCAGCAGAAACUCUACGAUGAAGCUGUUGUUAUUCUCAGGAGCUUAGACUGGACUGACGUUGCUCAGCUGACUGCUCUUGUAAUGGGAAAUGCUAGUCUCCAGCAGAAGUUGACAGCAGUGCUGAUAAAUUACCUCUCCAAAGAGCUAAGAGCAGAGAUACAGUAUGGAGAAUAAACCUUUCCAGAGCAGGCUUUUUAGUGUAAUGAAUUUUACUUUGACAGUUGCAUACUUCAACAUAACAAUUACUGGUUAUCUGUACUAUUGUGAACAUAGGCCAAUUAAGUAUUGUUUUGGGGUUGAUGUUUGGGGUUUUGUUUUGUUUGUUUGUGGGUUGUUGGGAAGGGGUGUGUGUGUGUAAGGAUGAGAUUAAUGCGUUAUCCUGCCACUGACUUGCUAUGUAAUGUUGAAUUACUCUGCACUUGACUGCAUUCAGAAUCACUGCAGGGAAUUAGGCUUCUCUUACGUUAAUGUAUCACUAGUCAAAAUUU